CUAAUUGAGGUAGUAAAGUAGCUAGCACCAAUGGCGCUAACCUCGGCAGUAGCAUUAGCAGUAGUGGCGCUAGCGUUAGCGCCAUCGCAGGUCUCGACUGCAGCCGCGGCGGCGGGGCAGCCCAACUGCAGCACCUGGUGUGGCAACGUGAGCGUGCCGUACCCCUUCGGCUUCGGGCCGCCGCACUGCUACUGGCCGGGGUUCAACCUCACCUGCGACACACGCACCCGAGGGGCGCCGCAGCUGCUCCUCGGCGACGGCACCCUCCGGGUCACAGAUAUCUCCCUCGAGGGCGCCGAAGUGCGCGUCAUCCGCACUGGAUCCAUCAUAAACAGCACCGACAUCACCUCUGACAGGAAUGUCUCGCUCGGCGACAGCUUCACGCGGUUCGGCUACAAGGCGUCGAUGGACCGCAACGAGCUCGUCCUCAUCGGGUGCAAUGUGAUGGCGACGCUGGUCGGGGACGGCGAAAACAAGAUGGACGUCCUCGGCACCUGUGUCUCCAUCUGCGUCUCCGACUACGUCUCAAUCACGAGAGAAACCGGUACCACGUUCUGCACCGGCGUGGGCUGCUGCCAGACGGAUAUCCCCAUGUUGAGCGCGCCCACGGCGGUGCAGGUACGAUGGUUGAACGGCCGGAACAACAGCCAUGACGUGGCAAUGUUGCAGCCGUACGUGUUCGUCGCGGAGCAGGGGUGGUUCGACCAGAGCCCGGUGGCAGAAGAUCUGUUUGGUAUAAACCCGCACCCCUCGAAAGCUUCGUUCGAAGUUCCCCUUGUCCUGCGGUGGGCGGUCACGUCGGGCCUAACGCCUGUGACCAUGAAUAACUAUAGUUGCCCCGGCGACGUAGUCCGCAGCCUCUGCAAGAGCAACCACAGCAGUUGCGACAUGAUGGAGAGUGGAUAUGUAUGCUACUGCCAAUACGGCUACCAUGGCAACCCUUACAUCACCGGUGCUGGCGGGUGCGAAGAUAUCGACGAGUGCGCCAACCCAAGAGACUCUGGCUGCUUCGGCGAAUGCACCAACACGGACGGGUCGUUCAAAUGCCGGUGCCUGCCAGGAUUCCAAGGCAACUCCAAUAAUAUAUCCAUCGGGUGCACAGAUAUCAACGAGUGCGACAACCCAACAACCUAUGGGUGCUUCGGCGAAUGCACCAACACGAACGGGUCGUUCAAGUGCCGGUGCCCACCAGGAUUCCAAGGCAACUCCAGCAAACCCAAUGGCUGCGUCCCAAUCCCCAACGUCGACAAGCCCUCCUCUAAAAAAGGUUUAAUCAUUGGUAUAGCUGUUGGUAGUGGGGCAGGCUCCAUUCUUGUUGUUCUCUCUACAAUCUUCAUGACCCAAAGAUUUAGACAUAUGAAGGCAAUGAAGUUGAAACAAAAGUAUUUUAAGCAAAAUCGUGGACAACUGUUGCAACAAUUGGUAUCCCAAAGAGCAGACAUUGCGGAGAGGAUGAUCAUACCGGUAGAUGAGGUUGCAAAGGCAACAAACAACUUUGAUAAAGCUCGCGAGCUUGGCGGUGGAGGGCAUGGUAUUGUUUACAAAGGGAUUUUAUCAGACCUACAUGUCGUAGCGAUCAAGAAGUCAAAGAUAUCAAUACAAAAGGAAAUAGAUGAGUUCAUAAACGAGGUAGCCAUCCUCUCACAAGUCAACCAUCGGAACGUAGUAAAACUUUUUGGAUGUUGCCUAGAGACAGAGGUCCCAUUGUUGGUUUAUGAGUUUAUUCCCAAUGGAACCCUUUAUCACCAUCUUCAUGUCGAAGGACCAAUAUCACUCUCAUGGGGCAAUAGGUUGAGGAUUGCAACAGAAACUGCUAGUGCUAUUUCCUAUCUUCAUUCAUCAGUUUCUAUCCCAAUAAUUCAUAGAGAUAUCAAGUCUAGUAACAUACUCAUUGAUGAUUUGUUGACAUCAAAGGUGUCAGACUUUGGAGCUUCAAGGUUCAUUCCGAUGGAUAAAACGGGGUUAACAACAAGGGUUCAAGGUACUAUAGGAUACUUAGACCCUAUGUAUUUUUACAAAGGCCGCCUCACCGAGAAAAGUGAUGUCUAUAGCUUUGGUGUCAUUCUUGUGGAGAUGCUCACUAGGAAGAAACCAUUUUCAUAUUUGUCCUCAGAAGGUGAUGGCCUUGUUGCACAUUUUGUUAGUUUACUUGUUGAAGGGAAUGUGGCCAAAAUACUAGACCCACAAGUUAAAGAGGAGGGAGGCAAAGAAGUCCAAGAAGUGGCCGAGCUUGCAGCAUCAUGUAUAAAGUUAAGCGGUGAGGACCGGCCUACAAUGCGACAGGUGGAACAUAAGCUCCAAAGCCUUCAAGCAUCUAAUAUGUCAUGGGCAGGGAAACUUGAGAAUAAUGGUAACACUGUGAUGCACUGUUCGUCAAGUAAAGAAGGGCAGAAUAUGAAGGAAUUGAGCCGAAGAUACAGUUUGGAACAAGAAUUCUUGCUAUCUGCGAGAUACCCUCGUUAGGCAGCUUAAUUUGUACCUUAUGUGAUGAUUAGCAUAAGAGAUUUAUAUAGUUGACUACCCCUAGUUUAUUCGUGCAGUGUGAGAAUUUCGAAUAGAUCGUUUGUUUUGUUACCACUGUUUUUGUUUUGUUAGCAUAAGUGCAUACCAGAUCAGUGUUGUUAGAAUGUAUUGGUGCUCGAUCUGGUUACAUUCAUAAAAGUGCAAUUAUUUGUCAUA